AUGAGCCGAGCAAUGGCCGGGAUAGACGUGGGCAAAGGGGAACUGGACGUGUCGGUGGACGGGGAACGGGCGCGACGAUUUGCCAACACCGCGGGCGGGGUUGGGGAGUUGCUGGACUGGUUGCAGCCCCGAGGCGAGGUGCUGGCGGUUUGUGAAGCGACGGGCGGUUACGAACGCCUGGUGGUGGCAGGGUUGCGCGAGGGUGGAGUGGCGGUGCCUGUCGCCCAUCCCAACCGGGUGCGGGCCGAUGCGCGGGCCGGUGGCUACGCGGCGAAGACCGACGGGUUGGACGCCGUGGUGCUGUCCCGGUAUGGGGAGGCAUUCCAACCGCCAGCGACGUUGGCCCAGGACGCGGAUCGCAUCCGGUUGCAGGACCUGCUGCGCCGGCGGGAGCAGUUGGUGGGUCAACGGACCCAGGAGAAGAACCGGCUGGCCCGGGUACACAACCCGGCAAGCCAGGACUCCAUACGCCGGCACAUCGCGUGGCUGGAUGAGGAGAUCGGGCUGCUGGGAUGA